AUGCCCGAAAAGAGGCUAAAAGUCAGUGAGGCGACCAAACGAUACUUGAUCGUGGCAAUCAUUGACAGAAGCGAUGAAGCCGGCAAUAUGACCGAGCCGCGGUGGAAGUUGGUGCAUGCGCGACUCGUUGAGUCAUUGUUUGCACGGAUGGAGGAAGCUCCUGAGGCCCCCAUGCACACAUUUGAUGGUGCCGGGUGGCUGAACAGGGUCAAAAUCCUGAAGUGCAUGGAUGACCCGACGAGAAAGUGGCUGACGCAAACGGUCUGCCAACUGGAGGCGUUGUGGGAGGGGGCCCAGCUGGAGGUGGUGGACAGGGAGCUAAUCCCGUCCAUUCCUAAGGCGAAGGUCUUCUUUCCCAUCGCAAUCCAAGGGGACCGGGCGCUGAAACUGCUGCAGCGACAGUAUCCGGAUAUACCAACCGCGGACUGGAAGGUUCUGCACCUUGCGAACCCAUCACCCAAGGAGGGGGACCAAAGUGCAGUCCUCCAGAUAAAUAAAGAGGCGGAGGACAUUCUCUAUCCGAGGUACGGGAAGAUGGCGUGGGGCAUGGGGAGCGUGUACCUGCGCCUCAAAAAACGCCAUCCCGGGGAUAAGGAUGCUCACACCCUGAAGGCAGGCGAGGUGGAGAAGGACCUACGUCUGGAAACCAUCGCGGAAGCCGCCCGGGGACUUCCGCUGGACGAGGUGACCUGA